AUGUAUCUCCAGCUGAAUCAGAAUGUGGAAGUGCAGCGGGGUCGCCUUCGCGAUGACAUCAAGGAGUACAAGUUCCGUGAAGCGCGGUUGCUCCAGGAUUACACCGAACUGGAGGAGGAGAAUAUAUCCUUGCAGAAGCAAGUCUCUGUUCUCAAGCAAAACCAGGUGGAAUUUGAAGGUCUUAAACAUGAGAUCAAAAGAUUGGAGGAGGAGACAGAAUUUUUGAACAGCCAACUGGAAGAUGCCAUCCGGUUAAAAGAGAUAUCAGAGAGACAGUUGGAGGAAGCUCUAGAGACUUUGAAGACAGAGCGUGAACAGAAGAACAACCUGCGUAAGGAGCUGUCCCAUUACAUGAACAUCAAUGACUCCAUGUACAGCAACCAUUUGAGCUUCUCCCUGGAUGGACUCAAGUUCAGCGAUGAGAUCACCGAGCCUAACAAUGAUGAUUCCAUGAAUGGUUUUGAGCAUAAUGGGGUCAUCAAAAUGAAUGCUGACAACAAGCUGUCCACCCCCAAAAAGAACGACCCAGCUCCAAGUCUGGUUUCUGACCUGCUAAGCGAGCUAAACAUCUCUGAAAUACAGAAAUUAAAGCAGCAGCUGAUGCAGGUUGAAAGAGAGAAGGUUGGUCUUUUGUCAACUCUUCAGGAGUCUCAGAAACAGUUGGAGAACACCAAGGGAGUUCUUUCUGAGCAGAAUGACAAAGUCAACAGGCUUACUGAGAACCUAAAUGCCAUGAAGAAGCUCCAUGCCACCAAGGAGCGUCAGUCUGCCCUAGACAAUGAGAAAGAGAGGGACAGCCAUGAAGAUGGGGACUACUAUGAGGUUGACAUUAAUGGCCCUGAGAUUCUGGAAUGUAAAUACAAACUUGCCAUGGCAGAAAUCCAUGACCUCAAAGAGGAACUGAAAACUGUUAAGUCCAAGUAUGAAGAAUGUGAGCUUAAGUACGAAGAGGAUAAGAACAGGUAUGAAAGUGAAACUCAGUCUAUGGCAGAAAAGAUCUCCCAGCUAGAAAAGACCACACGGCAAGAUAGAGACCAAGUUGUCAGACUGGAGAAAGAACUCAAGAAAGUGAGUGAUGUGGCAGGAGAAACACAAGGAAGUCUUACAGUUGCACAGGAUGAGCUUGUCACAUUUAGUGAAGAAUUGGCAAACUUGUACCAUCAUGUCUGUAUGUGCAACAACGAGACGCCCAACAGGGUCAUGCUGGAUUACUACAAGGAGGGAAAAGGUGGCAGGAACAGCCCUGAGGGUAAAGGGCGCAGGUCACCAAUACUGCUUUCCAAAGGUCUAUUGAUUACAGAAAAUGGCCAAAGCGAGUCUGGAUCUCCAGUAUCUCCAGUUCCAUCGCCUGUUUCUGACCACAGAAAAGAACCUAUGAACAUUUACAACCUCAUAGCCAUAAUCCGUGACCAGAUCAAACAUUUACAAGCUGCAGUGGACAGGAGCACAGAGCUUUCUCGACAGCAGGUGGCUAGUCAGGAGCUUGGACCAGCAGUGGACAAAGACAAAGAAACCCUCUCAUGGAGGACAUUUUGAAGCUGAAGUCUUUGCUCAGCACAAAGCGAGAGCAAAUUGCUACCCUGCGCACUGUAUUGAAAGCCAACAAACAAACUGCAGAAGUCGCUCUUGCAAACUUAAAGAGCAAGUACGAUAACGAAAAAGCCAUGGUGACCGAAGCCAUGAUGAAACUCCGCAAUGAGUUGAAGGCCCUCAAGGAAGACGCUGCUACAUUCUCCUCUCUCCGAGCCAUGUUUGCCACAAGAUGCGAUGAGUAUGUCACACAACUUGAUGAAAUGCAGAGGCAGCUGGCAGCGGCAGAAGAUGAGAAGAAGACUUUGAACUCGUUGCUUCGAAUGGCCAUCCAGCAGAAGCUGGCAUUGACGCAGCGCUUGGAGCACCUGGAACUCGACCACGAGCAGGCCAAGCGCGUGCGCACUAAAUCUACGUCCAAAAACAAAACCAGUAACCCCAGUGU